CGCAAAGAUGUGUAGCAGAUUGUACCUUGGAGUAGAUAAGUCUAUUAUGUCAGCACAGUUUGCAUUGGAUUAAACCAGCCAUGUCCGUCAACAUCCCGUGUCUGGUUGCUGUCAUCAUCCUCUACAUCCUCAUCCUUAUCAUCGGCAUCAUCGCUGCCAGGAAGACAAACAAGGCAAAGGACACGGAGGAAGUGAUGAUAGCCAAUCGUAGCAUGGGGCUCUGGUUGUCGUUCUUCACCAUGACAGCAACUAGCGUAUGUGGAGGUUACAUCAAUGGAACAGCCGAAUACACAGCGUUUUAUGGGCUGUUACAGACUCAGGCCCCGCUUGGAUACAGUAUUGGGCUUUUCUUGAGUGGGCUGCUAGUGGCACCAAAAAUGAGGAGACAGAAUUACGUCACAAUGUUUGACCCGUUCCAGUUGAAAUACGGCAGGAAGAUGGGGGCGCUGUUGAUCAUACCUCACAUGCUGGGCGAUCUCUUUUGGUCGGCUUCAAUCCUUGCUGCUUUAGGGGGGACAGUAUCGAUAAUUGUGGACAUCGAUCCUACGAUCUCAGUAAUCGUGUCCGCGUUGAUCGCUAUAGUCUACACGUUCCUCGGUGGUCUGUACGCUGUGGCCUACACUGACGUCAUACAGAUGGCGCUGGUCGCCGUAGGUCUAGUGAUCGCCUGCCCCUUCGCCAUGACGAGUGAGUUUGUUCACCUGGAGAAUAUAACGUCUACCUGGCUGGGGGAGGUGGGGGCGGGGACAGAGAUGGCCUAUGUGGAUACGUUUUUGUUGCUGAUCUUUGGUGGAACCACAUGGCAGGCCUUCUACCAGCGUAUCCUGGCCAGCCAAAAUGUCAGGGUGGCCGUGUAUUCCACUAUCGGCGCCUCCGUCAUGAGUUCUGUCAUGGCCGUCCCACCGGCAUUGAUGGGAUAUGCUGGGGCAGCCGCAGACUGGAACCAAACUUCCUACGACGGACCGAUACCAAUACCAGACGACAGGAAAAGUUACAUCCUGCCUAUGACCUUGAAUUAUCUUGUGCCACUUCCGGUUUCAAUUAUCGGAAUGAGUGCCAUCUGCGCGGCCGUGAUGUCAUCGGCAGAUUCCAGUUUCCUGUCUGCAGCGACGGUGUUCACUAGAAACAUUUACCAGGAAAUCUUCCGGACGAAGGCGACAGAUCGAGAACUACUGUGGGUACUGCGUGUUUGUGUCGUCAUUUUCGGUGUGUUGGGGACGUUGAUUGCCAUUUUUGCUACCACGAUCUACGGGCUCUUUGUUCUUUGCAGUGACCUGAUGUACGUGGUGCUAUUCCCACAACUGGUGUGUGUCCUGUGGGUGCCGUGGGCCAACACCUAUGGCAGCUUUGCCGGGUUUCUCGUCUCAUUCCUACUGCGGAUCUUGUCAGGUGACGCUGUGCUACAAAUUCCAGCGGCAAUUAAGUUCCCAUUGUAUGACUACAGCACUGACUCGCAGUUAUUUCCCUUUAGAACCUUCUCCAUGCUGUCUGGAACAUUCUGCCUGUUGACCGUGUCCGGCUUGACCCACCUGAUGUUCACCAGAGGUCUACUGGACCUGAAGUAUGACGUCUUCAACUGCCACAAGAAACGAUCACACAAAAGACACGAUUUGAUUGACAUGGAGAAACCUGAAUUGUUUAACCAGGAGCUGCUGGGUUCUGCUCCCACUUGAGGCUCUGUUUAGGUUUAUUUAUAUUCCAUGUUUAGGUUUUGUAAUGGUUAAAAAAAAUUGCCUUUUAACAAAACUACUGAAUAAAAGUAUAAGAAACAUAUAUGUAAUAGGUCUUUUCAUUUUUAAAAACUUUUACAUAAAACUGAAAAUUACACUUUUUAAGUACAUCGAAGCUACUUACAGAUAACAAUAGAGACAUCACAUUAAAUUGUUUGUUGAUUUAAUGCUUAAAAAAGCAUUUUCAUACAAUUCAAAUUGUGGCAUAAAUAUUAUUUUCGAUUUUUACUUUCUCGAACACAAGUAUAGAGGAAUCAUUGUAAUUGUGCAAAUUGAGACUUUCAAAAAUCUGGACGUUUUACACCUCCUUGAGUCGGAAAAACCAUACUUUUGCUAUUUUGUCAGUAUGUCUGUGUGUAUGCAUGUGAGUAUGUAUGUGUGUGUUUGUGUAUGUCCGUGAACACGAUAACUUGAGUACCGUUAUAGCUAGGUUGGUGAAAUUUCAUAUUUUAGCAUUAUAUCAAAUUUGUAGUUCUGUAUCACUUUUCAACGAUUUCCGAUAAACGGAAGUGGAGCUUAUUCUACUUUCAAUUUCUCAAAAGCCUAUAACUUGAUUAUCGUUUCUGAAAGAUAAAUGAAAUUUCACAUGCAAUUCAAAGAUCUAAUGCUGUGCUUUCUAUCAAAUUUCGAAUAUUUUUCGACGACCGGAAGUCGUAUUUCUGAUUUAUCAAAGAAUAUUUUUAUCUAGUAUUCUCUGUUUUUCUUUUCAGCCUGCUUUUCUUUUUGGAUUUGCUUCCAUAGCCUUUGUCCAACCAAGAACAAACUACAAGGCAACAGUUGUUUGAUUUUGGAGUUGUCUCUCCUAGAAGAGUGGCUGUCCCCAACUAACGAGCUUUAUCUGCCCGAGGGUUCGAACUCGAGACUUUUCGGUUUAGCAACCAUGACGCGCUCCACUAAAUACGAUGAAAAAAAAAACACAAUCAAAAUCGUCUAUAAGAUAACCCAUAAUCAACGGUAACAUUAUGGUAGGUGCUUUAAAGCCAUAAUUUCCAAUAUUCCUCUGAAUUAAUAAAAUAUAUUUUUUUCUAUGGCUACUCCAAUAAAUUCUUCGUGUA